UCGUAAUCGUAUUAUCCACUAAGGCACUAACGGUGGUCACUGCCCAGUGCCCACAACUGGUCAGUGGUCAGUGCCGGAUGCCGACUUUUAGAGUUUAAACUCGGUCGUCUUCUUUGAAAUUAGAUUAUUAAAAUACUAUAGUAAUAAAAUAAAAAAAGAUAUAGUAUUUAGAUUUUAGAAACUACCACUGACGUGUGAGUAGUUUUGUAAAAGUACACUUUCUUUAGGAUUAAGUAAAAAAACUAAUUAACUUAUAUAAUUUUUUUUAAAAACAGUUUAAUAGUUAUUAGUUGAGACUAGUUGAGUACUUAUCUGGGCCAUUGUGGUUGCUAGCGAUUUUCAGUAUGCUGAUGCUCAAGAAAUUUGUAAAAUGUCGACCAAUAAGCCGUUUUGGUCUUAUCAACCAACGAGACCUAAAUGUUGCCAUAAUUGGUCAGAGUACUUUUGCAGCUGAAGUGUAUAAAUUGUUAUUGAAAAACGGUCACCGCGUAGUUGGUGUAUUUACCAUAUUAGACAAAGGCAAUCGGCAAGAUCCAUUGGCGGCUAUUGCUUCUGAAAACAAUACUCCAGUAUUUAAAAUUAAAUCAUGGCGUAAAGGUGAAAAUGCAUUACCUGAAAUUGUUGCACAGUACAAACAAGUUGACGCUGAACUGAAUGUGCUACCGUUUUGUUCACAGUUUAUUCCUAUGGAGGUCAUUGAACAUCCAAAACAUAAAAGCAUAUGUUAUCACCCUUCAAUUUUACCUAAACACAGAGGAGUUAGCGCUAUAAAUUGGACAUUGAUAAAUGGAGACAAAGAAGCCGGGUUUUCUAUAUUUUGGGCUGAUGAUGGACUUGACACUGGUCCAAUAUUGUCUCAAAAAUCAUGCCCAGUUUUACCAGACGACACUGUUGAUUCUUUGUAUAAUCGAUUUCUAUAUCCUGAAGGCAUCAAAAGUAUGGCUGAAGCUGUUGAUAUGGUGGCUAAUGGUACAGCUCCAGUUAUACCCCAAUCUACAGAAGGGUCUUCUUUUGAACCAUCUGUUAGAAAAAAGGCUUUACAGAAAGUAGAUUGGUCCAAAAGUGGAGUAGAUAUUCAGAACUUUAUUAGAGGGUUAGAUAGUUCUCCAGGUGCUUGGACUAUCAUAGAUGAAACAGAAGUAAAAUUAUUCAAAUCAUCUAUUUGGAAAAAUGAAUCACCUACUGGUAAACAAGUAACUGUUGAUACACUUCAAAUUCCAGCUAUUGUUCAUGAAGGUUUAUUGAUUACUUGCAAUGAUGGUCUAAAAAUAAACAUUGAGAGGUUGUCUGUGGAUGGCAAAAUGAUAGCCGCAUCAAAUUACGGUAAUGCAGAUACAGCCCAAGAAACUAUUGAUUAUACAGAUCAAGAGAAAGCAUACAUCCCUGUAGUGGAAACCAUUUGGAAAAAUAUCCUUAACAUGGACAUUGCAAAGGAUACUCAUUUCUUUCAAUCUGGAGCAGGUUCUAUGGACGUUGUGAGGUUAAUUGAAGAGAUCAAAGAUAAAUUGAAAUUAACACUCAAGAAUGAUGAUGUAUACAUGUCUCCUGUUUUCUCUGAUUUCUGUAAUACUUUGGUAAAGAGGUCUAGAGGUUCAACCGAUGACAAUAUUCGUGUAGAAUAUGAUCCAGUAGUGGUUGAAGUCAACAAUAUGAAAUUACAGUUUGCAAAACAGUUAUUCAUUAAUGGACAGUUUGUAGACUCAGAGUCUGGAAAGACCUUGGAAUGCAUCAAUCCUGCUGAUGAAUCUGUUAUUUGUUCAAUUCAAUGUGCAUCUGAAGCUGAUGUGGAUCAAGCAGUUAUUGCAGCUAGUAAGGCAUUUGAAGGAGAAUGGUCUGAAAUGAGUCCCCGAGAUCGCGGAGCUGUCAUGUAUAAAAUAGCAGAUUUAUUAGAUAAAAACAGAGAAGAAUUAGCAACAAUAGAGUCCAUUGAUUCUGGUGCAGUGUACACAUUAGCUUUAAAAACUCAUAUUGGCAUGUCUAUUGAUGUUUGGAAAUACUUUGCCGGUUGGGCAGAUAAGAUACAUGGGCAAACAAUACCAAUAUCACAUGCUAGACCCAAUAGAAAUUUGACAUUUACAAAAAAAGAGCCAUUUGGUGUUUGUGGAAUAAUUACCCCGUGGAAUUAUCCUUUAAUGAUGUUGUCCUGGAAGAUGGCAGCCUGUUUAGCGGCGGGUAAUACAGUGGUAAUGAAACCAACAGAAGUGUCACCCCUCACCGCUUUAAAGUUUGCCGAAUUGUCUGUUGAAGCAGGUUUUCCAGCUGGGGUUAUUAAUAUACUUCCUGGACUUGGUAUUGAGGCUGGUAGAGCAAUAGCUGAACAUCCAGACAUCAGAAAAGUGGGAUUCACUGGCAGCACGGCAACCGGCCAUGCGAUCAUGAAAGCAUCAGCAGAAUCAAAUCUCAAAAAAGUAUCUUUAGAACUUGGUGGAAAAUCCCCUCUGAUUAUACUCGACGACUGUGACUUGGACAAAUCUGUUAGAAUGAGCAUGGGAGGAGUGUUCUUCAAUAAAGGAGAAAAUUGUAUAGCGGCAGGUAGAGUUUUUGUUGACUCAAGUAUACAUGACAAAUUUGUCGAAAAAGUUAUUGAAGAAGUAAAAAAAAUUAAAAUUGGAAACCCGUUAGAACGUGACACUCAUCAUGGACCUCAAAAUCAUAAGGCCCAUUUGGAAAAAUUAAUUAACUAUUGUAAUAAAGCAAAGAAUGAAGGAGCUGAACUGAAAAUUGGAGGAAAACGUCUAGAUCGACCAGGAUACUAUUUUGAGCCGACUGUGUUCACAGGAGUUGAAGAUCAUAUGUUUAUUGCUCAAGAAGAAUCAUUUGGACCCAUUAUGGCUAUAACUAAAUUUAGUAGCAGUGAUCUUGAUGCAGUUAUCAAGCGAGCAAACUCAACUGAUUAUGGUCUGUCUUCCGGCAUAUUUACAAAAGACAUAAGCAAAGCAUUACGAUUUGCUGAAAAAAUUGAUGCUGGCACUGUAUUUAUAAACACUUAUAAUAAAACUGAUGUUGCCGCACCUUUUGGUGGUUUCAAAAAGUCUGGAUUUGGUAAAGAUUUAGGUGAAGAAGCUUUGAAUGAAUAUUUAAAAACUAAAUGCAUAACAGUGGAAUAUUAAAUGACAGUCAUUGUCAAUGUUUAAAAUAUAAGUAUACAAUUCGAUUGAUGUUGCCAAUGCAAGUCCAGUGUUCAGAACUCUUUCCAGUCACAGCCAAUUUGGAAUGGUCCACAGUCAAAUUGAAUCAUGCGUUUUUCAACCCUUUUAUGUCCUUUAUAGUCAACAGUUUAAUAUUCAUAACCCUCAAAACAUUAUUAUUUAAUAAAACAAUAUGCUCAAUAUAUUUCUACCUCAAAUUACUUGUACUGACUGAAACAUGAUGAAUUGAACUGAGCUCUAGUAUUUAACUAAGUCCACACGGACUGUGUCACAUAUAUUAUUAAAUCUGUACAAAUGUAUAACUUUGUAUAUUAUAUACAUUAAAACUGUUGUGUGAUGUAAUCAACAGAUUAAAAUAAGAAAAAAUUAAAUACAUCAUCAUAUAAAUAGUCAUUCACUUAUAUUUGUUACCUGGGCAUUCCUAUAAUUUUUCAUUCAUAACAUUGAUUUGGUCAUACUUGGAUUCAGUUCAACUCAUUUUAUAAGUACAUAUUAUUGAAUAAAAUUUUUGUUAAGUGUUUUAUUUUUAUAUAAUUUUUUUUUUAUUAUUAUUGUUUUUGUUUGUAUCUUCAUUCCAUUUAUUAAUAAAGUUAAAACACUAUAAAUACAUAA